AUGGAUGCUUUGGUUACCUUCGGUGCUGUUUUUACCAGUACAGGCAACUUCAGCUUAUCUAGUCUGCUCACGAUAUUGUACGGUCUAUUCUUGGAGCCAUAUCUAGCGCCAUUGACGGUGAACACCACCUUCAUCAGUCAACACGCGGAAUUCACACCGACUGCUGCAGUCAUCGAUGCGUUCCUAAAAGAGCAGUUUGGAGAGGGCGAAAGCGAGUGGUCGUUCACUUAUGCAGUGAAGCUUAACCGGCAUAACGGUCCUGCCAGGAAUGCUUUCCAGGUAGUCCUCCAUAACAGUAGUAUUCCGCACGAGAGUCCACUUCGGGAGCUUGCUCUCCGAGUGCUCUCCGCCAAAUCAGUCGGUAUACACCGAGUUGAUGGACUUACCUUUCGAAUACUUCCGGCGCAUGUGCGAGGGCAUAUAAAUAAAGUGGACAAGGCAUUCGGCAGUAGCCUCUUAUUGAUGCAUCUGAAGGAAUUCUACAACGGACAGCAUCAACCUAGAGGUGAUGACUGGAGGAGUUCGGAAAAUGACUGGAUGUGA